AUGAUACUCCAACCAGAGCCCGACUGCAAUACUUCACCAAGUUCGGACUAUCUGGCCCCAGUCUCCAGUAGAUCCAGCAGCAACAUUCCAGCAGGUCCUGACUGUAAUAUUCCUUCAAUUCGUGCUCCAAAUCUCGGCCGCAAAGCUCCCUUAAUCCCUGCUCCAAAUCUCCGCCGUGAAGCUCCUUCAAUCAGUGUUCCCGGCCCCCAAGCUCCUCAAAAUCGGGUCGAGAUCUCCAACAAUCCUAGCUUCCAAAACCCGCCCGAGAUCUCCAAUAAUCCCAGCCGCCUUCGAACUGCCCGGCCACUCCUUGCAAGGCCCAGCUUCUCCAGCCGUGCCCGACUGUCUCGCUGCCAACCUUUACCUGGUUGCCCUGCGAUUCAAGGCCCGACCGUGUUCUUCAUCCAUAAAACUGGGGCGCAUUCUUCAGCCGCUAUUUUCCAACCACACGAAAUCCAGCUGAACUAA